AUGUCGACCAAAUCACGCCGCCCCCUCGCCACACCCAUGGGCAUGCAGACGCCGAAGCGCAAGACCGUCAAGUCGAAGAGCGCGCAGCAGGCGAUCCUCGACAACUUUGAUUUAGAAGUCGCCGACCGCACGAGAAUGAUGCGGCAGCAGCUCGAGUUAGCCCUCUCGACGUUCCUCGCCCAGGUCGACGCAGACAUGUUAAAGAUUCCCCGCAGCAUGCGCGGCAUGACGCUCGGCGAGCUCGAUGCCUGCUGGGCCGGCAGCUUUGUUGCGACCUCUCGCGCGAUUGCGCAGAAGCAGUUUGCCGAGCAGCACCCCGAGCGUGACCAGGCCGAGACGCUCGAGCUGGCCAAGCGGAAGAGGGAGAGUCCCCUCGAGUCACCGAGGAACAGCAAGAAUCCGCGCACCACGACGCCCGCCGUGAAGCGCCGUACGACCAAGUCGCUUAAGAAACGCAAGCUGGACCUGCCCUCCGCGACGGGCGCCUCGACUCUUCCCCAGGACCACGUCUUCGCCCCUCGAAUUCCGCAAACGCCUCGCGCGCCUCGACGAAACGAGUCCUUCUUCUCGCAGAACGGCUCUCCCGUCGACCCCACCGUGGUGCCCGACGACGACCUCCCGGGCCGAGGCCGAGGCGGAGGCCGAGUCGAUUCGUUCCGGCCGAUCAGGCCACAGCCGGUCGCAGAGCACGCGCUCCGUCGCCUCGGGCCGGUCGGGACGGACGAUGCAGCGCAAGCCCUCGCUCCUCUUCCGCCGGAACGUGGAUGA